AUGAAGUCCAAACAUUCGAAGAAGACUACUGCUGGUUCAUUUGAGAAACAAGUCAAGGAGUCUAAAUCUACAAAGAGUCCGAAGAAGUUACCGAUUACAAAAUCAGAGCCUAUCAAACCCGAAGUUUCCAUUGCUGAUACACCAUCAACUCAAAAGGAAAUCAUUCAUUCGAAGACUGGAAUUCUCUUUCGUGAGAUUCCUGCUCCUGCUUCACCAUCUUCUAAGAAACGAAGGGCAACUGAUAUGGCCAAUCACAUCUUAAAGAAGAAGAAGAAAAGUAAAAUGAUCAUCUCCUCUGAGUCUACUGCUAAUGAAAAUGAAACCAUUCCAGAAACUCCAGAAGCCAAUAUUCACAAAGAAUCUUCUUAUCCUGCACCAACCGAUGUCAUACCACCCGAAGAUUCGGUUUCCAAGUUAGUUUCUGAUGAGCUUCUGACAUUCUUGUAA